UCAAACUGACUGACCAAUAGGAGCGCGAGCAUCUGCAGCGCUACAGCACGGGGUUUAAAACUCCGCACACACGCACGCGCUCUCCUCAUGCAGCGCUUCACUCUGAGCUUCAUCUCUGCGCUUUUCUCCUCCGCGGAAUUCAGCUUUCUUCCCACUCGCCAGAUUGAACGUGUGGAAAUGACAGCGGUGGAUGACAGAUGUGCAGGAACAGGUUCUGCACUCCUGGAGGAUGAGUGUGAUCUCAAACACACUCCCACACGCUCACGUACUCAGCGUAGAGAUGCUCCAGUGGUGGUGGUGUGGAGAAACGUGGUGCUGAUGAGUAUGCUUCACACUGCGGCUCUGUACGCACUUGUCCUCAUCCCCUCGGCUUCAGCAUACACACUGCUGUGGACUGUGUUCUGUUUUGUGUUCAGUGCAUUGGGUGUAACUGCAGGAGCGCACAGACUCUGGAGUCACAGAUCAUAUAAAGCCUCACUGCCUUUACGAAUCUUCCUCGCUGUCGGUAACUCCAUGGCUUUCCAGAAUGAUAUUUUUGAGUGGUCUCGAGACCAUCGUGCCCAUCAUAAGUACUCAGAGACGGACGCAGACCCCCAUAAUGCCUCUCGGGGAUUCUUCUUUGCUCAUGUUGGCUGGCUGCUCGUGAGGAAACACCCCAGUGUCAUUGAGAAUGGACAAAAACUGGAGCUCAGUGACCUCAAGAAUGACAAAGUUGUCAUGUUCCAGAGAAGGUUCUAUAAGUCCUCUGUGGUAGUGAUGUGCUUCCUUAUCCCAACAAUGUUGCCAUGGUUCCUAUGGACGGAGUCUCUGUGGGUGGGGUUUUUUGUACCUGCCCUCCUCAGGUACACGCUGGUGCUAAAUGCCACCUGGUUAGUGAACAGUGCCGCCCACAUGUGGGGGAACCGGCCAUACGACGUGAACAUCAGCCCGCGGGAGAACCGCUUUGUCACCUUCAGCGCCAUCGGUGAAGGAUAUCAUAACUACCACCACACCUUUCCAUAUGACUAUGCUACCAGUGAGUUUGGCUGCAAGCUGAACCUCACCACCUGCUUCAUCGACCUCAUGUGUGUUCUGGGUCUGGCUAAAGACCGCCGCCGUGUCCCCACUAAGCUCGUCAUGGCCCGCGCCAAACGCACUGGGGACGGGAGCCACAAGAAUGGAUAAACUGCAGUGAUGUGUCUCUGAUCAUCUCCGGAUGAAGUCAAGACGUGGGCGUUGUCACGCUGUACAUGCACAAGUGGAGAAGAGUUUAGAUCACUUGAGGAGCUUCAAAUUCUCACAUGCUGAAAUAAAUGUUUUGUACAUUAAAUGUAGCAGAACUGAAUGUGCGUGUGUGUGUGUGUGUGUGUGUGUGUGUGUUUGGGUUUUGGGGGGGUGUGGUGUGUGCAUGCAAGGAAUUUCUGCACAAUUAAUAAA